GUGGGAGGGGCUUAGUUACCGAUGAUUUCCGCUAUGUCUGUUGUUUGACAGCAACGAUUAACAAGAACCACGCGUUUCAGUUGCCAAAGAGUUACCAGUCAAUAUCGAGCCAUCCAGCUCUACAGGAGAAAGACAUUUCAAUGACAAAUGGAGGAAGAAGAUUGAUCAAAGUUAUCCAUAAUUGAUUCCAUCGUGGUCUUCUCUCAAACACUCGAGUGGCCGUUGAUGGACCAGCCCUGUGAAGACGCGGGGUUAGAAUGGGACAGAGCGCCUCGGAACAGGAGGUCCAAGAAGAUACCCCAGAGGAAGGGUUUAACCACCACAUCAAGGCGUUUGUGGAGGAAGAGCUACAGACGAGCAUGAUGGUUGGCAUGGUGAUCGGCGCGGGAUUCGCCAUCAUCCUCAUCGCCAUCCUCAUCUUCUUCGUCCUGCGCAGGAUCCAGCUACGAAACAUCGAGGCCCAGGAGGCUCCUAAAUACCGCUUCCGUAAGAGGGACAAGGUCAUGUUCUAUGGGAGGAAGAUCAUGCGCAAGGUGUCUCAGUCUACAUCUUCUCUUGUGGGGACAGCUUCCUCCUCCCGCCCGCGCCUCAAGAAGAAGCAGAAGAUGUUAAACAUUGCCAAAAAGAUCCUGCGUUUUAAGAAAGAGGUCCCCAUCCUGCAGGCCAAGGAGCCUCCUCCUUCCGUGCUGGAGGCCGACCUGACGGAGUUUGACGUGGCCAACUCCCACCUGCCCUCCGAGGUGCUGUACAUGCUGAAGAACGUCAGGGUGCUGGGCCACUUUGAGAAGCCUCUGUUCCUGGAGCUGUGUAAGCACAUGGUGUUCCUCAAGUUCCAGCAGGGGGAGUACGUGUUCCGGCCGGGGCAGCCGGACAGCAGCAUCUACGUCGUACAGGACGGCAAGCUGGAACUGUGCCUUACCGGACAGGAUGGCAAGGAUGGCGUCGUCAAGGAGGUCUACCCCGGCGACAGUGUCCACAGCCUCCUCAGCAUCCUGGAUGUCAUCACCGGCCACCAGAAGCCAUACAAGACAGUGUCGGCACGGGCGGCCGAGGUGUCCACUGUUCUACGUCUACCGGUUGAGGCCUUCCUCUCCAUCUUUGAAAAGUACCCCGAAAGCCUUGUCAGGGUGGUGCAGAUCAUCAUGGUCCGCCUACAGAGAGUCACCGUGCUGGCCCUGCACAACUACCUGGGCCUCACCAACGAGCUCUUUAGCCAUGAGAUGCAGGCCCUGCGCCUGCUGCCCCUCUCACCCCACCAGACGCGCACCAGCCCGGUCCGCCACAGCAAGCGCUUCGGCAGCCUGACGGUGACCGAGGAACACCGGGGAGGCCGCCGUGAAGGGGGACACUCCAGCAGGGGACCAUGGAAAGGACGGCACCACCGUGCCAACCCUGAGCAGGACCAUCUCCAUGCCUGUAGACAUUGCCUGUAUGCAGAAGGGCCUGCGUUCAGACUUCGACAUGGCGUACGAGCGAGGGCGCAUCUCCGUGUCUGCAGAGGACGGCAACACCCCCCCCCCGCCUUCACGCGGUCUGACCAGCGGGAGAGGAAGGUGACGGUGGACGACGUUCCCUCGGGUGUGUACCUCUACCCCGAGGAGGAGGCGGGGCCUGAGGGCGGGUACGGGCCCCUCCCGGGCCAUCCCAGCCCCGCCCUGUUCGAGGAGGCCCAGAAGGAGCUCCUCAAGCUCAUGAGGAUCGAGGACCCAUCUCUGUUGAAUGGGAGGGUGACCCUGCACCAUGCCAAGGCUGGAGCUGUGCUGGCCAAACAAGGAGACCAGGACGUGAGUCUCCACUUCGUCCUGUCCGGCUGCCUCCAUGUGUACCAGCGCAUGAUCGACAAGCAGGAGGCGGUGUGCUUGUUCAUCACCCAGCCCGGGGAGAUGGUGGGCCAGCUGGCCGUGCUGACGGGAGAGCCCCUCAUCUUCACCAUCAAGGCCGUGCGCGACUGCACCUUCCUCAAGAUCUCCAAGUCCGACUUUUACGAGAUCAUGAGGGAGCAGCCCAGCGUGGUGCUGAGCGCCGCCCACACCGUGGCCAUCCGCAUGUCCCCCUUCGUCAGGCAGAUGGACUUCGCCAUCGACUGGAUGGCCGUGGAGGCCGGCAGGGCUCUGUACAGACAGGACGACCAAUCAGACUGCACCUACAUCGUCCUGAACGGGCGUCUGCGUUCGGUCAUCCGCAAGGCCAACGGCAAGAAGGAGCUGGUGGGGGAGUACGGACGAGGAGACCUCAUAGGAGUGGUGGAGGCUCUGACCAGACAGCCUCGAGCCACCACCGUCCACGCCGUCAGAGACACGGAGCUGGUCAAGCUCCCAGAGGGGACCCUCAACAACAUCAAGAGACGCUACCCUCAGGUGGUGACCAGGCUGAUCCACCUGCUGGGUCAGAAGAUACUGGGGAACCUGCAGCAGGCCCGUGGUCCCUUCUCAGGUUCAGCGCUAGGCCUGUCCAGCGUGGCGUCCAGCCCCGACGUCACCAACCCGGCCAGUAACCUCUCCACCGUGGCCGUGCUGCCUGUCUGCGACGACGUGCCAAUCAACGCCUUCAACCUAGAGCUCAGCCACGCCCUCAGUGCCAUCGGACCCACCCUGCUGCUCACCAGUGACAUCAUCAGAGAGCGCCUGGGGGCUUCAGCCCUGGACAGUAUCCAUGAGUACCGUCUGUCGGGCUGGCUGGCCCAGCAGGAGGACAUCAACAGGAUCGUCCUAUACCAGACAGACAGCAGCAUGACCCCCUGGACCCAGCGCUGCAUCCGCCAGGCCGACUGCAUCCUCAUCGUGGGCCUGGGAGACCAGGAGCCUGCCCUGGGCCAGCUGGAGCAGAUGCUGGAGAACACGGCGGUGCGGGCGCUGAAGCAGCUGGUGCUGCUGCACAGGGAGGACGGGCCGGGGCCUUCCAGGACGGUGGAGUGGCUGAACAUGAGGAGCUGGUGCUCCGGACACCUGCACCUGAGGUGCCCCCGCAGGGUGUUCUCCAGACGGGGCCCUGCCAAGCUGAGGGAGGUGUACGAGAAGGUGUUUGAGAAGACAGCAGACCGGCACAGCGACUUCUCCCGGCUGGCCCGAGUCCUGACGGGGAACAGCAUCGCCCUGGUGCUGGGAGGGGGCGGGGCCAGAGGCUGCUCCCACGUGGGCGUGAUCAAGGCCAUGGAGGAAGCGGGGAUUCCCAUCGACAUCGUGGGCGGGACUUCCAUCGGCUCGUUCAUCGGGGCGCUGUACGCGGAGGAGCGGAGCGCCGUCAGGACCAAGCAGAGGGCGCGCGAGUGGUCCAAGGCGAUGAACUCAGUGUUUAAGACGGUCCUGGACCUGACCUAUCCCAUCACCUCCAUGUUCUCUGGCUCCGCCUUCAACACCAGCAUCUCCAAGGUGUUCCAGGACAAGCAAGCUGAGGACCUAUGGCUGCCAUACUUCAACGUCACCACUGACAUCACAGCCUCAGCCAUGCGUGUGCACCAGGAUGGCUCACUGUGGCGGUAUGUGCGGGCGAGCAUGACCCUGUCGGGGUACCUGCCCCCCCUGUGCGACCCCAAAGAUGGCAACUUGCUCAUGGAUGGUGGCUACAUCAACAACCUGCCAGCGGACAUCGCCAGGAACAUGGGCGCCAAAACGGUGAUCGCCAUCGACGUAGGCAGCCAGGACGAGACUGACCUCUGUAACUAUGGCGACAGCCUGUCAGGCUGGUGGUUGCUGUGGAAACGGAUCAACCCCUGGGCUGAGAAAGUGAAGGUUCCGGACAUGGCAGAGAUCCAGUCCAGGCUGGCCUACGUCUCCUGCGUGCGUCAGCUGGAGGUGGUCAAGAAGAGCGCCUACUGCGAGUACAUCCGACCGCCCAUCGACCGCUUCAAGACCAUGGACUUUGGCAAGUUCGACGAGAUCUACGAUGUGGGAUACCAGCAUGGCAAGCUGCUCUUCACGGGCUGGGCUCGCGGUGACAUCAUCCACAAGAUGCUGAAGGAUCACCGCUCGGCCGACUACAACGAGAGCAAGAAAACCGACACGUGCACCUGCCCGGGGGCGGACUUUACCGACUUGGCCGAGAUCGUGUCCAGGAUUGAGCCGGUCCAGAGCUACGUAGCUGCUGACGCAGAGGAGUCGGACUGUCUGACGGAGUACGAGGAGGAGGGCAUGGACACGGUGCGGGAGGAGGAGGGGGAGGAGGACGAGGAGGAAGAGGAGGAGGCCGACGACCAGGAGGACCAGGAGGACCACUCGCCCGGAGAAUGGGGCCAGAACGGAGUCUUCCAGCCGGAUGAGGAGAAGACCAUCCGCCAGCGGAGGAAAGCUGCUAACGACUCUGAGUUCUCCGACUGCUGACAGAGGAGGAGAGGAAGAAGAAGGGAGGAGAGGAGGAAGAAGGGAGAAGGGAAGGAAGACGGGAGGAGAGGAGGAAGAUGGGAGAAGGGGAUGGCAGAAAAGAUCAAGAGCAAAGAGGACGAUGUGAGAGGAUGUGAGAGGACAGACUGACUGUCAAGUCAGCCACAGCAGCUGUCUGAAUCUCAUGCCUGCUUUUUGUUUGUUGCUGGUUUGAAGCAGAAAACUUUAUUCCUUUGACCUUUGAACCCUAACCCCUUGAAUCCCCGGCAAGCUGGUUGGUUCCAUUGGUUUGUCACCCACACCCCCCCCCCUCCCCCUCCUCAGACUGAAGACCAACGUGUUUCCUGAACUCGGUCCUUGCUCCCAGGCUUCACCUGUAGGAGCCACAAACAGAGAGAGACCCAGUGAGGUUCCUGGCUGGCCCCCACCCCCAACGUCCUGCCUGUCUGGACACAGUCACACUUGGUCAUCAUUGGUAUUCUUUCUGAUUGAAGAUACCAAAAGGUGUUAUGCUAUCCAACUUUUGUUUGCAGAUGGAUGGAUGGUCAUAUGGAUGAAUGAAUGAAUGAACGGAUGGGUGGAUGGAUAGAUGGAUGGAUGGAUGGUUCGAAGGAUGGAUGGAUGGGUGGGUGGAUGGAUGGGUGGAUAAGAGUUGUAUCAGGGCUAGAAUGAUGGAUAGAAACAGUUGGAAUCAAAUCAGAAAAAAUGUAGAGAGGAAUAGACAAGACUGUACAGAGAUACCUUAGAGACCAAAAUAAUAGUCUAAUUAAUAAAAUGGUAAUAAAAG